CUGUUGCACACUUCUCGCGGACCAACGACAACUCCUACCACCAACACCACUGCUGCUGCAAAAACAAUCUCUUCCUGCACCUCCCAAUCCCGCCAGACCCUGUUGGCCCUGCGGAACUGUGCCAAAUGCGUGCAACAGGUCUUUCUUAGUGAUCUGGCCUCGUGUGAGAAUGUGAAGCAUCCUGUUCUUCUGUUGGAGACUCUCCUGUUGGCGUUAAUCAGCCUCGCGGACUGUCCGUAUGGUCGGCGCCUCCUUGGACCAGAUACUUUCCAGAAAUUUCUCGUACCAUUCACUACCAGCUUUCCGUUGGUAUCCAUACCCCGAUCAGCCUUUGAUACAUACCCUGACAGUAUCACCUUCUCCAUUGGUGCCCUUAUUCUACUUCUGCGGUCCUGGCCAGGUAUCUUUUAUUUCCUAAGCGCGGAAGGCCAACAGUGCCUCUGCACUUUGACUCAAUCUCUCACCACGGGCUCCUCAAAGUUACGCCUCCGAAUCCUCUGUCUACUGUACAGUCUCCUCCCUGGACUUCCCUUCCCUCACCUUCCCACCGCUUCCGGGGCACAACAGUUCCCCCUGCAGCGGCGGAAAUUUCAGCAGCAAUAUCAGCUGGACGUCAGUCGUCUGGUGCAGACCCUACGACGCACUGCCUUAUCCAACGCUACACCCCCCGAGCCCUUUCCUAAUCUGGAUGGUGAUUUUGUGGUCGAUGAGGGCUGUCGUCUUUUUGGCCGUCCCCGAUAUCGCCUCGCCGGUGCCUCCGGUCUUGUAUCUGCGGCUGGAGACGCGAACCCUCUUGCCUCGGCAGCAGCAGCACAAAUUCUCGGUUUCCUCGCAUAUAAGGUACCCCCCUUCCUUCUACUCUUUCUGAAACCACGUCAUGCGGUAUUUGCUUAA